CUCCUCCCUGUCCUUUGGUCUCCGCGAAGCGCGCAACGACUCCCACGUCCGCGGUUUCAGUCCGGUCCGUGGGGAACGCGAGCGGGACCCCGCCGGGCCCGGGGCUGACGGAGCGAUUGAACCCAUCUCUGGAACUUCUGAAUGUUUUUUACUAGUGGGAGCAUUCUCUACACAGCAAAAUCAAUGGCUUAAUUUGAGCAAGUGUUGGUGUGGCUCUGAUUCUGCCGUGCUUCUGGAAGCUCCGAGUCUGAAGGAAACGAGGCUUUUUGUGAUGACAAUAUGACUCACAGUAAAGGAGGAUCUGCCACUUACCAGACAAGUGGCAGUCCACGCAGCACAGGAGGUUUUGUAGACUGGACUUUACAUUUAAAUACAGUUCAAUCCGACAAGUUUUUGAACUUACUUUUAAGCAUGGUGCCAGUCAUUUACCAGAAGACCCAGGAGGACAGGCAUAAGAAAGCAAACAGCAUUUGGCAGGAUGGAUUGUCAGGUGCGGCACAGACCUUCACCAAGAGAUCAGAGCCACAUCUGGACUACCACGAGUUCUCGGAGCAGGCCUUCCACAGCAGCAGUGGCCUUGCUCCCGCCACCUGCAGCCCCAAGUAUGACGACUACGCCGGCUAUAGCUACUGCGACGGAAGGGAGGCUUCCGAAACCACCGCCAUGCUGCGGGACGAAGAUCUGUCCAGUGAGGGCGAUGAUGUUAUUGUGGAAACAAACCAGAAGCUCCCGAAGGAGUCCAGCGGUGUCAUGGCUCUGCAGAUACUCGUGCCAUUCCUGCUGGCUGGUUUUGGAACAGUUUCUGCUGGCAUGGUUUUGGACAUAGUACAGCACUGGGAGGUAUUCAAAAAUGUGACAGAAGUUUUCAUUUUAGUCCCCGCCCUUCUUGGUCUCAAAGGGAACUUGGAAAUGACGCUGGCUUCUCGAUUAUCCACUGCAGUAAAUAUUGGGAAGAUGGACUCACCCAUUGAGAAGUGGAAUCUAAUCAUUGGCAACUUGGCUUUAAAGCAGGUUCAGGCCACAGUGGUUGGUUUUUUAGCAGCCGUGGCAGCGAUCAUACUGGGCUGGAUUCCAGAAGGGAAAUAUUACCUCAGCCAUUCCAUACUUUUGUGUUCUAGCAGUGUGGCAACUGCCUUCAUUGCAUCUCUACUGCAGGGAAUAAUAAUGGUUGGAGUCAUUGUGGGCUCAAAGAAGACGGGCAUAAACCCUGACAACGUGGCCACGCCCAUUGCUGCUAGUUUUGGUGAUCUGAUAACUCUUGCCAUAUUAGCUUGGAUAAGUCAGGGUCUAUAUGCCUGUCUCGAGACAUAUUAUUACAUUUCUCCAUUAGUCUGUGCCUUUUUCCUGGCUCUGACACCUAUCUGGAUUAUAAUAGCUGCCAAACAUCCAGCCACCAGGACAGUGCUCCACUCGGGCUGGGAGCCCGUCAUAACAGCCAUGGUCAUAAGCAGCAUUGGGGGCCUUAUUCUGGACACUACCGUAUCCGACCCGAACCUGGUUGGGAUCGUUGUUUACACACCGGUUAUCAAUGGUAUUGGUGGCAAUUUGGUGGCCAUUCAGGCUAGCAGGAUUUCUACCUACCUCCAUUUGCAUAGCAUCCCUGGAGAACUACCUGAAGAGCCCAAAGGUUGUUCCUAUCCGUUUAGGACGUUUUUUGGUUCAGGAGUGAACAACAAGUCUGCCCAGGUUCUUCUGCUCCUGGUGGUUCCCGGCCACCUGAUCUUCCUCUACACGAUCCACCUGAUGAAGAGCGGCCACACCUCUCUGACCGUAGUCUUCGUCGUUGUGUACCUGCUUGCUGCUGUGCUCCAGGUGUUCACCCUGCUGUGGAUCGCUGACUGGAUGGUCCAUCGCUUCUGGAGGAAAGGAAAGGACCCGGACAGCUUCUCCAUCCCCUACCUGACAGCGCUGGGCGAUCUGCUAGGGACCGCUCUGCUGGCCUUAAGUUUCCAUUUUCUCUGGCUUAUUGGAGACCGAGAUGGAGACGUUGGAGACUAAUGGAUCCUACAAGCUGUUUCGGGGUCACCCAGAAGGAGAACACAGGCCGCCUCUGCUGCCCCUGCCAAAGCUCUGCAUCUGUCACGUGACUUAUGCCGGGCAGUCUGCGGUUCACCCUGACUCCAUAAAAGGCCUUAAUGUACUGCUUAAGGGAUUUGUGCUGAAAACACAAUGAAUGGUAUUUGUGCUGCUUUUUGUAGAUAAAUAAUUUGACACAGACAUAGACACAGAAAUAAAGCUCACACUUUAAAGUUAAUUAGGAAAGAAUAUAGGAUGUUUACAAUGAAUAAUUUUGAAACCACAGACCUAGUAGAAAUAGACUUUAUUAUUAAGUUAUAAUGCAAGGUUAGAGCAAGGAAGCUUUCGUCUUCUUUGUCUCACGGCUGUGUCAUGCUACAGAGGGGGCUGUGAGUGCUGUGUUGGGAGUGCUGCCAGCUGAGCUCCCUGAGCAUUAACUGUGCCCUCCUCCAUGGGUGCGGAGGCCACCACUUACUCCUCACUGACAAAAUUCAUUCUGCCGAACCUAACAACGAACUUUCUUUUGCCCGUAUCUAAACCUGCGCUGUGCCAGUGUUCAUUUCGUUUCAGCUCUGAAGUUCGCAACAGGUACCCCUUAAGUAGAUUUUCUUGUCCUUUUUCUGAGAUGGGACUUGCCAUGUUGUCCUGGCAGGCCUUCCGCUUGCAGUCCUCGAGCUUCGGUUUCCUCCUCUUGAUUCUGAAAGCACUGAGCCAUUUUGCCCAUUCGUGUGUUGAAAACUGCUAAUCCGAUUUAGAAAACAGUCAUCAAAGCAGAUCAGUUGAGCUGCAUUUGUGGCACAAGAUGGUACGAGGGCCUGUAUGCAUACCAGAGUGUGUGCGUGCGUGUGUGCGAAGAGAGAGAAAUGAGACAGAGACCAGAGAGAGAGACAGACACAGAGAGAGGGACAAAGUGAUUUCUUUUUCAAUACUAAGUACCAUUUAACAUAAUGCAGACCUAAGAUCUGGGAAGAACAGGUGGCCAUUGUCUGCUAAGGCUCGCCGCCUGUCUGCGCUCCUCCAGAGGAGCUGGCGGCUUAAGUCAGCUGUUGAUCAUGGCUUCAUCUACCGGGACCAUCUCCCAUACGUGGCUGCAUUUCUCAUAUUUUCCUGAAACUUCAGCCAUAUCGUAAGCACCUAACACAUGGCUACUCGGUAGUAAGCACUUUUAGAUCACUUACCACUUUAAAAAAAAAAAGCUGUGCAAUCUUUCAAGAUGAUUAAAUAUUUAAUAACUUAAACUGCUGAGAAAUAAAAUGCACAUGGCGUUGAUUGUCAUGGUGCGUUUGUGUUAUUGUGUAACUAGCAGGUGGUUUGUAAAUAUAUUGAGGAAGUAUUCUUAAGUCUUUGUGGAGGCUGUGGUUUAGAGUUACAUAUUUUUGCUUAUUUUUAAACUUCAUUCAGUUCUACUGCCUUAUAAUCAAACUUUUAAGGCAUAGAACUGAACUAAUUAUGAGAUCUCUCUUUUGGAGAGUUACAGUGUCACAGAGUAGACAUUCUGACAAAAUAAGCAUAAAGUUUAAGUUGGUGAAUACUUAGGUGCAAAGAUUAUUUUAUUUUUUAAAUAAUUGAUGAAUAAUACCUUUCAUUUUAUUAUAAGGCAUUUGUGGAAGUGGGCUCUGCAUUUGGGCUGCACGUUCUUUUUUUUGAGACAGAGUCUUGCUCUGUAUCCCAGGCUAGGCUUAAACUUGAGAUCUGCCUGCCUCCGCCAACUGUGGUUCAUUUUCUCUAACACACACACACGCACACAUGCAUACACACACAUAUACAUACAUAUAUACACACAUACACAUAGACACAUAUACAUACGCACAAUAUACACACACAUACAUACACACACAUAUAGACACACACACACACACACACACACACACACUGCAGAGGAAGCCCGAGUGUUAGCGCUGGCCAGCAGUGUUAGGCUGCUGUUACUUAUUCUGGAGCACAUAAAUGGUGUUGCCAGCACUAUCUUUUCGAGUUGGACAGAGAGUCUCCUGUCUGUGUUUUAUAGCAGGGGCCAUGGAAAUGCAGAGGAGUGACAUUUUUAAGAUUGCACAACUACAAAGUGGCCAGACUUCUAGACCAGUAUCCCUGGUUAUGCUCAUCUGUGUCCAACCCCCACGUGUGCAGAGAAUACCCAGUAGGUACCCGAGAGGAAGCCAGCUGGAGGAAGUCCAGUCAAGUGGCACUGGUUGCUUAGAUUGUCAGCAGGGAAGCCUCCCCCUGCUGUGGAGCAGCUCGGAACUAUUUGUUCCUAAGGUUAGAGAGACUGUGAAUGAAAUAGUGAAUAUUUACCUUAUAAAAUAUUUUCCAUUCUAUGACAAAGACUUUUAGACUAAAGAACAGCACCUCAUUUCUUAAUGCCUCUAGAAGCCAACCCUCUUCCUAGAUCUGUGUCAGGUGGGCGGCCUCGGCCCAACCUUUGUCAGAACAGAAUGCCUAAGAUGCAUGUGACGGGAGAAGUUGUCUUUAACGUUUCGUUAAAGACAACUACAGAUCGCUGAAAGUGGCCGUGGAAGUGCGUAAGUCUUAUUCACCCGUAACAUUUAUUAUCAGUCUUAGGUAAACAAACAGUAUUUUUAUACCACACACAACCCUGCUUUCCAAAACUUUUUCCACUAAUUUACCAAGUCCAUUAUACACACAGCUAAACAAAUCAUAUUUUUUUAUUCUUGACCAUCUACUUUUGUUGAAAUUUCCAAAGUUUCUUAGAAGCCAAUAAAAGAGAAACACAUGGUAGUGUAUCUUGUGGAGAAAUCAGAAAACCUCACACUGUAGAGACGCUCCAUGAUGUGGCCAAAUGAGUCUUUUAAAAGUCUCUUAGUGGCGGGUGGACCUACCCUUCCUAUGUCUAAGGUGUAGUUCACCCACCGGUAGCGGGUGUGGGCACCUUGGGAUUGUUGUGAACCCAAGUCAAAAUAAAGCCUGAGAAGCAUA